GAGGAGGUGGCGACCACUGCCCGCGCCGUGCUGAUGACCGGCCCGGGCGUGGAGCGCAGGCGUGCAGCGGAUGAGAGAAUCGAGGCGCCCUGGCUGGUAAUGAUUGGCCAGGGAAGUCGGAGCGCGAUCUUGCGGCAGUGCAUGGCGUGGCAGGAGAGAGCGACGGGCUUCCCUGGGCGCCCUGUGAAGCAGGUCGGGGGCCGGCCGCCCGCGCUGUCUGCGGGCGUUGGAGCGCUCGCGGCGUGCGUGGCCGUGAACCGAGCGGCGCUGGAGGCCGAGGUGCAGCGACGACGGCAGACCGCGCUUCGGCCACCGAGCACCAACGGACAGAUCCCUGUAUCAAUCCAGACCACGGCGGGCUCCGCUCGCAGUUCGGUGAGCCAGAGAAUCGUUCCUGACAGGGACUGCCCUGCGUGCGCCAGGUGGCAGCCACUCUGCGAUGGGCCCCCCGUGGCCUCUCGGCGUCUGCUCAGCGCCUGGGCGCCCGGCUUCUUCCGUGUCCAGGUGGGCGCGACGAAAUGGGCGGUGUCUCGCGUGUCCAGAGGAGUGCGCUCCCUGGUUCUACCCCCUCAUGCGGAGGGCGGAAAUUGGGAGUUGGUCUUGGCGACGAGCAUGUUCGUCCAAUAUCUGGGCAUGGACGAGCUCUACGUGCUUUUCAGAGUGCCGUCGGCUGCCGUCGAUCUUGUGUCUGUUUACCGGCUUGAGCCUCGUCUGGAACGCGCGUGCCCAGGCAAGAUGUUGAGCUUUCGGUUUCUGAGGGCUUGCCUCGUGGACGUGGGCGAUCUCCCCUGGGGGGCCCUGCGCGAUUCCGACGCCGAGGCGCCCGACGCCGACGAGAUGGGAA